AUGUCUGAGUCAAACCCCGCGAAGCGAACACAGGUUCUGAUCCUGGAUGGGGGACUAGGAACCACCCUCGAGGACGUGUUCCACCAGGACAUAUCGCACGCCCUCUGGUCGGCCAAGCCUAUCGACGAGGACCCCGAGGUGAUCAUAUCAGCGCACCUAGCCUUCCUGCGGGCUGGGGCCGAUGUCAUCCUGACUUCCUCGUAUCAGUGCGCGUACACCACAUUCGAACGCGCCGGGUACACUCGAGACGAUGCUCGGCGCAUCAUGCUCAAGUCCGUGCAGCUCGCCCAGGAGGCCAGGCGCCGCUUCCGGGAAGAGACACUUGCGACGCCCCGAGACGUGAAGAUAGCCCUCUCGCUAGGUCCUUACGGCGCGAUGCUCUACCCCGCACAGGAGUUCGACGGAUUCUACCCGCCGCCGUACGGCCCGGUUCUAUCACCUUCACAAAAGAAGACCAACGCCUUCGAGGACACUCCGGAGGGGACAGCACAGGAGCAAGCCGCGAUCGACGAGCUCGCGGCGUUCCACUACGAACGCCUGUGUACCUUCGCUGACGAUGCGGGGACGUGGGAUGUAGUCGACUUUGUCGCAUUCGAGACGGUCCCCCUCCGGCGCGAAAUCUAUGCCAUCCGCAAAGCGGUUGCAUGCUUUGGUGGCGAACGGAUGAAGCCGUGGUGGAUCAGCACGGACUACCCAGGUGGACGCUUCCCGGAGACGAAGGCAAACGGGGAACAUCUUACCGCGACCGAUGCCGCGAGCGCAGCACUCCUAGACGGCGAGGAAACUGCAGCGUGGGGCUUUGGUAUCAACUGCACUGGACUCGAGUUCCUUCCCGCGCUGCUGGAGGAAGCGCGAGCGGUAGCGAAGAAGCACCUGGAGAAGCACGGCAAACGGCUAUGGCUGGUCUUGUACCCGAACCGAGGCGAUGUCUACGACCCAGUAACCCAGAGCUGGCGCGAGAGCAGUGGACAAGGACAGAAGUGGGCGGUGGGAUUUGGCACGGUGGUACUUGACGCCAUAGCACACGGAGAUUGGGAGGGCGUAAUAGCAGGAGGAUGUUGCAAGACCGGACCAGACGAGAUUGUAGCUUUGGCCAAGGAGAUACGUACUUGA